ACAUUUAGUUUUCAUAAUCAAUUAAUUAGUUAAUCAAUCUCUCUUCUGCGGCCACGCAGUCGUCUGUCGGGCGCGACUGGUUUUUCUAGGGUUACGCGACACCAUUGAAUAGGGUUCCGGUUCCAUACUCCCGACUGUUUCGCGCUCUCUCUCUCGCGACACGACAGGAAAUUGCACAAAUAUACAUUUUUUUUUGUUCCUCCGAGUUGGACGUGGUAACUCUUCAUAAAGUUUCUUUUGAUGGUCUGAGCUGGAAUCUGUAGAUUUGGGUGAUAGAUCUUGAGAAGAUGGAUACGUCCUUAGAGAUUGAAGAGAAAUUGCUGGAAGCUGGGAACAAGCUUCUAAAGCCUCCCCCGUCCGUCGAGGAACUGCUCCCUUUACUGGAUGAAGCUGUGUCUUUCCUCACAAAAGUGGAACAAUCACCUGCUAAGUCCGUGCUUGCUGCACUUUCUCCCUUGAUCAAGGCACUGGUUGAAGAUGUUCUUUUGAGGCAUUCCGAUGUUGAUGUGAAGGUUGCACUCGCGUCUUGUUUAAGUGAGAUUACAAGAAUUACUGCUCCAGAUGCCCCAUACGAUGAUGAUAAGAUGAAGGCUGUCUUUGAGCUAAUAGUUUCAUCUUUUGAGAAUUUAUGCGACGAGUCAAGCAGAUCAUUUGUUAAGAGAGCCAUGGUUCUUGAGACAGUGUGCAAGGUCCGGCUAUGUGUUGUUAUGUUGGAUCUGGAGUGUGACGAGCUUAUCUAUAGGAUGUUCCAGUACUUCCUUAAGACCAUUAGAGAAUAUCAUCCGAACAACAUCUUCUCAUCCAUGAAAUCCAUCAUGACUGUUGUUCUCGAAGAAAGUGAAGAUAUUUCCAUGGAUCUGGUUACUUAUCUUUUGGCUAGUGUUAAAAAUGAGAAUGAGGAGAUAAAGCCAAUUGGCAAAAGGUUGGCUGAGUCUGUAUUUAUGCAUUGUGCUGACAAGCUUAAGCCUUAUGUCAGACAUGCUGUGAAAUCUCGGAGUUUAUCACUUAAUGAGUAUAGUGAAGUUGUAACUUCCGUUAUGAAAGGGACUCCAGUUGCUAUCGAGUGUAAUAAUGAUGUGGACCCAUCGUGUGCGGAGAGCAAGUUGGCUUGUUCUGGAGGGACAGCUCAGUUAACUCAGAUGGCUGAGGACACCAAAAAAGAGGCAUGUUCUAAGGAUGACAAUCAAGUUGUGAAUACAUCUCCCAAGUCAGCUAUGGGAAGUAAUGUUAAUGGAGGGAAUAGCACGGACACACAAUCUUUAGCAAAUAUGGAGGAUAAUGCCCCCAUGGAACAGCCUGAUAUUUCAAGCCUGACACCUAAAUCUGCCUCUGAUGAUUCACAGUUAAAAAACUCAGUGAAAUCAGAGUUGGAGAUAUCUGAGCAAGUUAGUAAGGAACAAGGAAGCAAGUCUAACUCUCAAGUGAAGUUGGAAGAUUCUUCAUACCAGGAACCUCCAGUUGAUAGUGAAAAAGUGGAUGAGACGCUUCUAAGUAGUCAAAUGUGUAAAAGAGAUGUUCCUGGUUCCCCCGCUGAAAAUUCAACUGGCGACAAAAAAGAUAAUGAUGAAGGUAUUGCCAGUUUUCCUGUGGAUGACGCAACAGUUGAAGCGGCCAAACUUCUAGAUGAAAAUGAAACUAGUGCUGGGCAUUCGUUGCCCAAAACACCUGAGGAUGAAGCUGAGAAUGUUACUUCCUUAGACCCUAACCAUAGCUUGCCUGAUGAAAUAAAUAAGGAGACUAUUCAGGAAAAGGAUGAUAACUUGGUUCAGGAAGAUUCUUCGUUACCUGAAGUUGCAUCUAAGAAGCCAUCAGGACCAAGUGAUUCAGAUUUACAGCCAAAAGACCUUGGUUCCAGGGUGCAGAAAGAGACUUCUCACAAGGAAGAAGCUGACGCCAUGAGAUGUGCAGAGGUAAAAGGCCUGAAUCAGCGAGGUGAGAAGGCUAAAGCUAAUGACAAAACAUUUGUUUCCUUGGAGAAAAAAGAUAAGCAAACUAUUCAGCAAAAGGAAGUUGCUUACUCCAUGACCAAUGCAGAGGUGAAAGGCCAGGAACAGCGAGUUGAGAAGGCUAGAGCUAAUGAUAAAAAAGAAUUUUGCUCGGACAAGCACACUUUUCAGCCUAAGGAGGCUGGUACUACUGAAAUUCUUUCUAGGAAGCCAUCUGAAGGAAGUGAUUCAGAAUUACAGCCACAGUACCCUGUUACAAGGCUGCAGACAGAGGCUACUCGUGAGGAAGAAGCUAGCUCCAUGAGUGAUGCAGAAGUGAAAGGUCUGAAACUGCAAGGUGAGAAGUCUAAAGCUAAUAAUAAAAAAAUUGUUUCCUCAAAGAAAAAAGACAAGAGAAUCAUUCAGCCUAAGGAGGAUGAUAGCUUGGUUGAAAAAGAUUCCGUGCCUGCUCAAAUUGCAUCUCAGAAGCCAUCUGAAAAAACUAGUAAUCUCAAAUCACUUCCACAGGAACCUGGUACUAGGGUUCAGAAAGAGACUUCUCAAAAGGAAGAAACUGACUCCAUGAGCGAUACAGAUGUGGAAGGCCUGAAACAUCAAGUUGAGAAGGUCAAACGUAAUAAGAAAAAGUUAGUUUCCUCAACGAAGAAAGACAAGAGAACUCUUCAGCCAAAGGAGGAUGAUAGCUUGGCUCAGGAAGAGUCCAUGUUGGCUGAAAUUACAUCUAAGAAGGCAUCUGAAGUAACAAGUGGUUCAGAAUCACAGCCUAAGUCUAAAGCUAAUAAGAAGAUCGUUUCCUCAAAGAAAAAAGAGAAGCAAAGUACUCAGCCAAAAGAGGAUGACAAUUUGGUUCAGAAAGAGUCAGUGUCUGCUGAAAUUGCAUCUAAGAAGCUAUCUGGGCGAACAAAUGAUUUAGAAUCACAGCCACAGGAUCACAGUACCGACAUGCAGAUAGAAACUUCUCAUGAGGAAGAAUCUAGCUCUAUGAGUGAUGUAGAAGUGAAAGGCUCAAAACGGACAGGUGCCAAGGCUAAAGCUAACAAGAGAAUUGGUGCCCCUUCAAAGAAACAAGGGAAUCAGGAAAAUGAGAAUGAUAGCUUGGUCCAGGACGAGUCUGUCUCUGCUGACAUUCCAUCCCCGAAGCCUUCUGAAGGGACAAGUGAUUCAGAAUCAGAACCACAGAACCUCGGUACUAGAACGCAGAGAGAAUCCUCGCAUGAGGAGGAAGCAGUCUCCAUGAGCGAUUCGGAGUUGAAAGGGCUGAAACGGCGAGGUGUCAGGACUAAAGCAAUUAAGACAACUGAUGUUUCCUCAAAGAAAAAUAAUAAAUCAAGAAGACGUCGACGUGGAAAGGCUAGUAUUGAGAUUGAUGCGCCAAAGUCGUCUGCCAAAGAUGACACCGACAAGGUCGUGUUUUUUGAAGAAUCUCCUUUAAAGUCUGCUGAACACAAUGUGAAAGAGGGAAGCCAAAGGAAUAGCACAAAGAGAAAGCGCUCUUCGGGAAAAGAGAAAGUACAGGGAAGUACAAAGAUAACAUAUGGUGAAAGCCUCGUUGGUUCCAGAGUCCAAGUUUGGUGGCCUUUGGAUAGUGAAUAUUAUGAAGGACAAAUAGAUUCUUUUGAUCGUGUUAAUAAGAAGCACAAGGUUGUAUACAAUGAUGGAGAGAUAGAAGAUCUGGAUCUUAAAAAAGAAAAAUGGCAUCUUGUCAAAGAAAAUUUGACAGAAAAAAAGGAUUUGGAUGAGCCUUCAAGCCCUGAAGUUUCUGCUGAAAUAGAGAGGCAGAAGAAGAAAAAGAGUAGAGGGCUUGCUGAAACAUCAUCAUCCAAGCAUGACAAGUUUCAUGUUUCACCUAAGAGUAGUGUGCCCAAGUUCAAAGGUUCAUCUACAAAAUCCGGCCAUAAAACCAAAGAUGACACCAAUGUUAAGCCCAAGUCAAAAGAUCGCCCCUCAAAAUCUGUCGGCAGUAGUAAAUCUAGGGAAGUGAGCGGCUACAAGUAUGACUCUGAUGAAGGGUCUGGUAAAUUGAAAGAUGUGAUCAGCAGUCCCUUGAGGUCAAAAUCGUCAAAAUCAGAUGCAACUCCCAAGACCACCACAAAACCUCAGCAAGACACCACUUCAACAAUAAAAGCAACCCCCACAUCGAAAGGUAAAGCCAAUGGCACGACAGGCAAAUCAAAGUCUACUUCCAAGGGGAAAGAUAAUGAGGAGGUGAAGGAAAAGAUGCCUACCGAGAUAAUGGGGAAAACACAAUCCAAGGAACAGGAAACUGAGAGCAAGAGUGGAAAGAAGAGAGGAGCAUCCAAAGAAGAAGAUAUUGAGAGCAAGAGUGGAAAGAGGGGGGGUGCAUCGAAGGAAGAAGAUAAUGAGAGCAAGAGUGGGAAGAAGGGGAAUGCAUCUAAGGAAGAAGCAGUUAAGAGCAAGAGCGGAAAGAAACGGAGGAGGAAGUAGAGAAGAGCCUAUUAUUAGUGUUGCCCUAAUGUAAUCAUCUCCAGGCUGUCUCCUAGGUUCUUAGGUUGUUGGCGUGUUUCUCUUUCCUUCGGAUAUAUUCUAUUUCUUUAGAAAUAAUUUGUGAUGCUUAUUUUGGAGCUGACUAGAUGUAAAACUUUUCUUUGGGGGAAUCAAUAGCAUAGCACGAUGGUUGGUUUAAUUUUUAAUAGUGCUGUGGACAUCUGCAUGUCCGGAUGAUGGGGGCAUGGGCUUAAUGUCGUUGUACUAUAAUUUAGAGUAGCUUGACUGGUAAUGAUGUUUUUGGUAAAUUUAGUACUUGUACCCUGAGAAUACGAAUUUGGCACAUUUUUAAUUUAAAUAAUGCUUCAUCUCCAGUCUCCACU